AUGUCCACUCCAAAAGCAGCGGUCACUGGUUGGCCUUCGACUAAAAUUGAUAACGGAAAUGGCUCAAAUGGGACUUCUACUACUUAUCUAUCGAGCAAAAAUGGUGAAAAGGCCAUUUGCAAGAACGUUCGACUGUAAGUAUGAUAUUUCUUUGCUUUUUUGUGAUUUAGGCUUCAUUUGACUUGAUUAUUGAAUUUAUAAAACUUGUUUUUUAAAUUUAAAAUAACAAUCCUUUAUAAUUUAGAUACCCAUUGACAAACUACACAUUUGGAACAAAGGAACCACAGUCAGAACGAGACAAUUCUGUUCAGGCGAGGUUUCAAAGGAUGCGAGAGGAGUAUGAUAAGAUUGGGAUGCGGAGAUCGGUCGAUGCUGUCUUGUUAGUACACGAACACAACUUACCACAUGUUUUGUUGUUGCAAAUUGGCAGUACCUUCUUUAAACUGUAAGUUUUAAGUUAGUUUUUGCUGUUUAGAAAUAUUUUGAUCAAAAUUAUAUUACACUUGGUAUUUCAGACCUGGAGGAGAGUUGAGAGUCGAUGAAGAUGAAGUAGAAGGCAUGAAACGGAUUCUGACAGAGACUUUAGGUAAAGACGAAACUUCUGCGUCGCAAUGGGUCAUUGAGGAUGUCGUUGCGACUUGGUGGAGACCAAACUUUGAUCCACCUAGGGUAAGAUAUGAUGGCUUUGGAAUUUUGAGUGUAUUUAGUUUAAAAAUUGUUCUUUCUGGGUUCGAAAGAAAGUAAUGACCCUGUCUUUAGUAUCCGUACAUUCCUGCUCAUGUUACAAAGCCGAAAGAAAUUACAAAAUUGUUUUUGGUUCAACUACCCGAGAAAGGUAAGUACUACAACAUGAAAUUUGAUUGCUUAGCAUUCUUUUUACUCUUCUUUUUGUUAUAACUAAUACUACUCACUUUUACGUAUUUUACAACUUUUAAGAGUCAUUUUGUUCUACAUUUCAGCCUUGUUUGCCGUUCCCAAGAACUUUAAACUUGUCGCAGCACCACUUUUCGAACUUUUUGACAAUUCCACUGGUUACGGAUCGUUGAUCUCAUCACUCCCGGUUAAUCUAAGCAGAUUCAGCUUUGACUACUCGAAACCUCUUUGA